UGGAGCCCUAGGGCAGCGGGCGGCGGGCAGCAUGUUCAGCCCGGACGGGGGGCUGCCGGCCGCCCCCUUCGGCCUCCUGACCGACGCCGGACCUCCCUUCUCCCGCGGCAGCUUCGACGGGGCGCCCGCCCAGCCGCUGUUCUUCCCUUUCGCCUCCACCGCCGAGCCCGAGCCCGCCCGGGACCCGCCGCCGGCCCGCGCCUGGCUGCCCCCGCCCGCCCCGGUGCCACCCGCCAAGGCGGAGGCGCGCCCGGGCCGGCCUUGCAGCCAGCCCGAUCCCGAGCCCCGCACCGCCGCCUGCUGUGGCCCGGCCUGGCCGCCCCCGCCCUGGGCCGGCCCUGCGCCCUCCGGCCCCGCCGCCCUGCCCGGGCCGCCCUUCCCUGGCCCGGCCGCCGCUGCCUUCCCUGGCCCCCAGCUCUGCCCCGCCGCGCUGCAGCCGGGCUCCGGCGGCCCCUCGGGGCUGGGCAGCAGCGGCAGCUCCAGCGGCGCCGCCAGCGAGGGCGGACACUCCAGCGACAGCGGCGAGGAGGAUGCGCCAACCUCAGGAGAGCUGGAGCAGUUCGCCAAGGACCUCAAGCACAAGCGCAUUAUGCUGGGCUUCACCCAGGCUGACGUGGGGCUGGCACUGGGCACACUCUACGGGAAGAUGUUCAGCCAGACGACCAUCUGCCGCUUUGAAGCGCUCCAGCUCAGCUUCAAGAACAUGUGCAAGCUAAAGCCGCUGCUGCAGCGUUGGCUCAACGAGGCGGAGAACACGGACAACAUGCAAGAGAUGUGCAAUGCAGAGCAAGUACUGGCCCAAGCUCGGAAGAGAAAACGCAGGACUAGCAUCGAGACCAAUGUGAAAGGGACACUGGAGAGCUUCUUCCGCAAGUGUGUGAAGCCCAGUCCCCAGGAGAUCUCCCAGAUCGCCGAGGACCUCAACCUGGAUAAAGAUGUGGUCCGGGUCUGGUUCUGCAACCGGCGUCAGAAAGGCAAACGGCUGCUGCUGCCCUACGGCAACGAGGCAGAGGGGAUGAUGUAUGACAUGAACCAGCCCCUGGUGCCCUCCACUCUGCCCAUCCCAGUGACAUCCCAGGGCUACAGCCUGGCACCCUCCCCUCCUGUCUACAUGCCGACCUUUCACAAAGCCGAGAUGUUCCCACAAGCGCUGCAGCCUGGGCUCUCCAUGAGUAACAGCGGCCACUGAACCAGGGGCUGUGGGCUCACACCAGCAAGGGGGGCUGGUGCUCUGGGGCAGCUCCCCUUGCCCUGGGCUCACACAGGCACAGCCCUGCUUCUGCUCUCUGGGCUGAUGUGUGGGGCUUUUGGAAUGUGAGGCGCUGAGAGCCUGGCACAGGGAUGGUGCCUGUUCUCUGCAGAUGCUCCCAGCCCUUCUCAGUUAUGUGAGCUUACUGGUCCCAGCAGAAUUGGCCCCCCUCUGACCACUCCUGGGGGCAGCUCCUCCUGCCCCACUGCACCCUCUGAAGCCACAUGUGCCCAGGGCUCUUGAGCCCGUGCCUGGCCCCAGCCCAGCUGCUCUCCUGUGAGAUGCAGAAAAAAGUAUUUUUUAGAUUUUGGGGAGGGUGGGGGGAGGCGGUGAUUUUAUUAUUUUUUUAAAGGUUUUUGGUUGUAGUUUUUAAAAAGCAAAAAAUUUUGUAGUGAUCUAGUUUCCCAGGUGUCUCCUUUCACCCUGUCAUGUAGAGUGGGGCUGGGGUGCCAUGCCCAGGGCCAAUGGCCCUGGUGGCUCUGCUCACCCUCCUGGGUGGCCAGGAUGAGCCAAGGGCUGGGGCAAGGGGAGAAGGUGAGCCCCCUCACCACCCCUCACCCUGUGGCACAAGACAACUUCACCCCUCUGUGGGGCGGUUGAUAAAGCUUGUUUGGGUUGGGGGGUUCAUGUGUUGUGCCCAACAUCACCCCCAGGCCCCCCUGCUCUCCAGCUGCUGUCCCCCCCUCACCCACCC